UCUUAAAUUAUCGUCUUUUUUGCUAUUUUCUUUUAAAUUCAGUUCGACCUACACAAAAUGAUUAAUUAGAGUGUGGAAAUAGAAGAAAAUUGGACACUUUUUCGCGGAUUUGGGUCUUUUAAGUUGACGGAAAUUGGGGUUGGGGGGGGGGGGAUGCCAUUAGUUUUGGUGUUGAUAUUUUAGUGAUUGACAAAGUGAGAAAUUUUGUUUCUUAUUCUAAUGCAUGAAAGCUUGAAUUUGUGCUGCAAUUGAAUUGGUCUUGUGGAUUAUCACUAUGUAGAAAAUAUGUUGAACAAUGCUGACAUUUCGAUAAUCGGGUUGUUGUUUACCCGUGCAAUCAAGCGAUUUUCGACUUGGGGUUGCUGUAAUAGCUCUAGUAAUAGUCUACUUAAGUUUUUGUGCUAUAUAGCUCGAUGGAUUAUAGUGCUGAGCAUUGUAAUUAGUUUUGAGUUACGUGCAAUUUCAGGGUGUAUGAUCUUGUAAUAUUCAUUGUCGAGAAUUAGCCCUUUGAUACAUGGCUGAGCCCGAACCUAGAGGUCGCACUGUCCUUGAGCCACUGUCAUUGUUCAACCUCUCUGACCACUCUCGUGCACGAGUUACAUCCCUUGCUAUCUCCACGCUCUCCGACUCCCAAUGUCUAAUUUACCUUGGUACUCAGUUUGGAACCUUAGUUUUAUUCUCUGUAAAUCCUAAUGAUCAAUCCCCAUCUGAUCCUUCCAACAACCCUUCAAUCCCACAAAACAUUUCGUUUUUGCAAAAGGUUUUGGUUGGCAAUACCUCAGUGGAGUCUAUCCAAGUAUUUGGUGAGAUUAAGAAGCUUUUGGUACUUUUAGACGGGUUUCUGUUUUUGGUUGAUUCGCUUCUGUUACACCCCUUGAAGAGAUUGAGUUUCUUGAGAGGAAUUUCUGUCAUCACAAGGAGGUUGCGAAGCAGUGAAUCAGAAUGCUCGAAUUUGUCAGGUCUUAGUAAUUCAUCAGAGUAUACAAGCACAAGUCAGCGGCUUUUGCAAAAGUGGGGAAGUGGGAUCAGAGCAAAUGGCUUGAAAAUGAAAGAAACUGCGCAGCAGCGUUUAGGCCAUCAUGUUUUCUCUGUUGUUAUUGGUAAAAGAUUGGUAUUGGUAGAGCUUGUUUUGAGCAACAGAGUAGGUAAAAGUGACCAAGACAUUGAUGAUGGGUCUUUUGUAAUUCUCAAGGAAAUUCAGUGUAUCGAUGAGGUUAUGACCAUGGUAUGGCUCAAUGAUUCAAUAAUUGUCAGUACGGUUAAUGGAUAUAGUUUGUUUUCAUGUGUUACCGGACAAAGUGGUGUAAUAUUUUCGCUGCCGGAUGCUUGUAGUCUGCCACGGCUUAAAUUGUUGUGUAAAGAAUGGAAUGUGCUUUUGUUGGUGGACAAUGUUGGUAUCAUAGCUAAUGCACAUGGGCAGCCAGUUGGUGGUAGCUUGGUGUUCCAUAGUGACCUGGAUUCUAUUGGGGAGAUAUCUUCAUAUGUGGUUAUUGCAAGGGAUGGAAAGCUGGAGUUGUAUCAUAAGAAAACAGGCAGAUGUAUUCAGAUGAUCACUUUUGGUGGUGAAGAGGUAGGAGGGCCUUGCAUUGUUGCAGAUGAGGAAGAUGGAAGUGGAAAACUUCUUGUUGUUGCAACCCCCACCAAGAUUGUUUGCUAUCGGAAAUUACCCUCUGAAGAACAAAUUAAAGAUCUAUUGAGAAAAAAGAACUUCAAGGAGGCCAUCUCCUUGGUGGAGGACCUUGAGUGUGAGGGUGAACUAUCGAAGGAUAUGCUCUCAUUUGUUCAUGCUCAAGUGGGGUUUCUCUUACUUUUUGACUUGCAUUUUGAGGAAGCAGUGAAUCACUUUCUGCAGUCUGAGACAAUGCAGCCUUCUGAAGUAUUUCCAUUCAUAAUGAGAGAUCCAAAUCGAUGGUCACUAUUGGUUCCUAGAAACCGUUAUUGGGGUUUGCAUCCGCCCCCUGCACCCCUGGAAGAUGUUGUAGAUGACGGGUUGAUGGCAAUUCAAAGAGCAAUCUUUCUUAGGAAAGCAGGUGUAGAAACUGUGGUAGAUGAUACAUUUCUCCUGAACCCUCCAAGCAGGGAUAAAUUGUUGGAGUCUGCCAUCAAAUCAAUUACUAGGUAUUUGGAGGUGUCUUGUGAGAAAGAGUUGACUCCAUCAGUGAAGGAGGGAGUUGAGACCCUAUUAAUGUACCUCUACAGAGCUUUGAAUAAUGUUUAUGACAUGGAGAAGCUGGCAUCAUCAAUGAAUUCUUGCGUUGUGGAAGAGUUGGAAACUUUGUUAGAUGACUCUGGGCAUUUACGAACGCUUGCCUUCCUAUAUGCAAGUAAAGGAAUUAGCUCAAAGGCUCUUGGUAUCUGGCGCAUCUUGGCAAGAAAUUAUUCCUCUGGCCUUUGGAAAGACCCCAUGUUGGAGAAUGGCUCACAGGAUGGUGGUACAAGUAUCAUCUCUGGUAAGGAGACUGCUGCAGCUGAGGCAUCAAAGCUUCUUGAGGAGUCAUCUGAUCCAGCGCUUGUUCUACAACAUCUUGGAUGGGUUGCAGAUAUCAACCAGGUUUUUGCAGUUCAGGUUUUGACAUCAGAGAAAAGAACUAAUCAACUUCCACCAGAUGAAGUUAUUGCAGCUAUUGAUCCAAAGAAGGUAGAGAUUUUUCAAAGGUAUCUUCAGUGGUUGAUUGAAGAUCAAGAAUACAGUGACAGUCAGUUCCACACGUUAUAUGCUCUCUCACUUGCCAAGUCAGCAAUUGAAGCUUUUCAAGCAGAAAUUGCCUCCCAAAACCUUGAUCCUCGAAGAAUACAAGAGACAAACAUUUCAGAUAAUAGAAUAAGUUUUAUCUUUCAAAGUCCUGUUCGGGAAAGACUGCAGAUAUUUUUGGAGUCUUCAGACUUGUAUGACCCAGAGGAGGUUCUUGACUUGAUCGAGGGAUCAGAAUUGUGGUCAGAGAAGGCUAUUCUUUACAAGAAACUAGGGCAAGAGGCAUUGGUGCUCCAAAUUUUAGCAUUGAAGCUGGAAAACAGUGAAGCUGCUGACAAAUAUUGUGCUGAGAUUGGGAGACCAGAUGUCUAUAUGCAGUUACUUGAUAUGUAUUUGGAUCCACAAGAUGGUAAGGAGCCUAUGUUUAAAGCUGCUGUUCGCCUACUCCACAAUCACGGGGAAUCAUUGGAUCCUCUGCAAGUUUUAGAGAGAUUGUCGCCAGAUAUGCCUCUUCAACUUGCCUGUGAGACUAUAUUAAGAAUGUUGAGAGCUCGACUUCAUCAUCACCGUCAAGGACGGAUUGUGCACAAUCUGUCCCGUGCCAUAGAUACUGAUGCAAGUUUAGCAAUACUGGAGGAAAAGUCAAGGCAUGUGCAGAUCAAUGAUGAAAGCCUUUGUGAUUCUUGUCAUGCACGCCUUGGAACUAAACUUUUUGCUAUGUACCCAGAUGACACCAUAGUCUGUUACAAGUGUUUCCGUCGUCAGGGUGAGUCUACAUCGGUAACUGGUCGCAACUUUAAGCAAGAUGUCCUAGUGAAACCGGGUUGGCUUGUGACCAGGUAAUCCAAAAUGGUGAAGCAAUGAUGAAAUUGAAGACUGGGGCUGGUCCGUCUUUGAGUCCAUUCUCUACGGCUAUUCUUUGAGGCUCAGGAUCAGGUUUCAUAGCAACUCAAGUCAUCACGAAGUACAGUGCAGAAGCUCGGGGGUGAAAGAUUCUGCAAUCGUCCUGUUAGACCGAGGCCCCAAUUUUUGUAGCUUAGUAUUCGGUAAGGGACGUUCCAGCCAUUAUGAUCUUCACGUGGAGUACGUGUUUCUUAGAAUCAUCUUCACGACCACCUUUAUGAUAGGGAAAAACUUCAAGCAUGAAUCAUCAUUACCAUGAUCGUCUGUGACCUGAUGAAGCUCGAGGAACACGUAGUUUAGAAGUUUGAGAUCCGGCAAAUCCAUUCCUGCUCGGAAUCAGGAAUAAUACUGUGAGUUUGCAUGACAUGGGUUGAAAUGACCAAGAGUUCGUCAUACAUACAGGAGGGAUCAGGAUUCUGCUUGUGAGUUCAAUACGGUGUUGUGAUAAAAAAAUGUUGUUACAUUCAGGAGAUCUUGACGAAUUUGUAAAUUGUGGUAAAAAAUGUUGUUACAUUCAAGAAAUUUUGAUAAAAAAAAAGGGAUGCUAUUAUUACUACUUACGAA